GAACUCCAAAUCCAAGAAAACAAAUACAAAAAUCAAGUUAAAGAAAUAGUAGGAAACUCAAAAAUGGCACUUGACGAUUUACAAGAAAAAUACGAUGCAGCAAUAGCGAAAAAUGCUGAACUAAUUAGCGAGCAAAAAAAGCAAGAGCAAGAACUCAACGAGGAAGCCCAAAAGUUAAAAUCCCAACUCGAACCCCCAACAAUCCAAUCAACAGACGACACUAAUGCUCGUAAAUUAGCCGAAUACGACCAAAUCAUUAAAGAGACCAAAGACAAAGAUGCUAAAAUAGAGGCUUACGAACUAAAAAUAUUUACUUUCCAUAAACAAUCAUCCGCCAAAUCUCACAAAAUAAACGCACUAGAACGAGAAAAAGCACAAUUACAGAUAGAACACGACAGCCGUGGCCGGCAAAUAGAACAAUUCAAAAAUAAGCAAAUUGAGUUAAGGCAAAAAAUAGAGGGGGAAGAAAAAAAGAACGAAACAUUAAGGCAAACG